AAGUACACCACCUACCCACCUUCGCCAAAGGAAGAAGAGGAACAGCCAAAGACAGAGACCUACAGGAUGUAACUAUACCUCUUUGGUCAAUGAUUUCAGGCUCCACUGGGUAGAUUUGCUAGCGCAGCACAUCCCUGACGCAGGUCGUUCUACACUGCAUGCACCUGUGCCGUUUCCCGGCGCACGCCUAGCGUUGGCGGCCCCCUUCGCUUUUGCCCUGGCCUCGACAAGUGUAGCUAGCCAAGCUCCCUCUGCUUGCGGCCCUGCCUAUUUCCAGUAUAAUUAGACUUGAGUCGCCCCAUCGCAUCCCGAGUGCACUGUUUCUGAUCUCUUUCCUCCCACGUUCCAUUCCAUCUAUUCUUCGCCACCAAAGUGUAUACUCUUCCCAAAGUUACUUAACUCAAACCCCCAAAAGUCACAAUGAAGUCUACUCUUUUCGCUCUCGGUGCUCUGGCUGCUGCCGUCACCGCUCAGGACAUUGCCAGCCUUCCUCAGUGCGGCCAAACCUGCGCCAACAACAUGAUGGCUGCCGCCAAGGCUCAGGAGCUCAAGUGCAACUCUGGUGACAUGAAGUGCCUGUGCAACAACGUCAACUUCGUCUACGGUCUCCGUGACUGCUCCAAGGCCAUCUGCGAUGCCGAUGGUGCUUCCAAGGUCCUCAACUACGCCGUCACCCUCUGCAAGAACGCCGGUGUUACCAUCAACCCCGAUGGCAGCAACGGCAACGGAAACGGCAAUGGAAACGGCAACGGCAACGGCAACGGCCAGCAGUCUAGUGCUGCCAACUCCGGUGCUGCCAACUCUGGCGCCGCCAACUCUGGUGCCGGCAACACUGGUGCCGCUAACUCUGGCGCCGCCAACUCCGGUGCCGGUAACACUGGUGCUGGCAACACUGGUGCCGCCAACUCUGGCGCUGCCCAGGUCACCACCAUCUACAGCACUUCCACUGACAAGGAUGGCAAGGUUAUCACCACCGCCAUUGCUACCAGCACCAUCGGUGGUGCCAACGGUGGCGAGAACCAGUCUGGUGUUCACAGCGGCGAUGCCAACACCACCAUGGCUACUCAGACCUCUGGCAACGGAGCUGAGGCUACCGGUGCUAACGGUUCCAGCACUGGUGCCAACGGCAACGGCAACGGCAGCAACACCUCCAGCGGUGCCAACGGCGCCAACGGUGGCAAGACUUCUUCUUCUUCUGCCCUCGGUGCUCAGAUGACCGCUGCCCCCGCUGGCGUCCUCGCCGCUGCCGGUAUUGCUGCCCUCUUCCUGUAAAAAGGAUUGAUGCUCAAUUUGGUCGUUUUCGACACUUAAUCUUCUUGUUGCACAUGUUUGACAAAUAAUACCCACCUGGGCUCCAAGGCCAUCCUGACAGCAAUCAUUUUUAUGGAAAGAUGAAUGGACAUGAAGGGAGGAAUAGGAUCAUGCAGGUUAUGCUUGGAGGGGUUUUUACGAUGACUACGUUAUUAUUCCGGUAUAAGACCGAUGACGCGACGUAUUAAUGGAAAAUAAUAAAGAUUAUAUAGCUUCUAUCAAGAUGUCUACGGCUUACCUUGCUGCGUUUUCCACUUGUGCUCAUGAGACAAUUGAAUUGUAAAGAAGAUAAAACUUGCAUUCUGGUAUCGCUGUCUAACUACAUGUAAACACUAACACAUUUUAUUUUAUUUUAUGAGACAGCGUCUUUAAUGACGCAUUGUCUUUCCAAUUUCACUUUCCCAAUCCUUAGCUCUUUCGAAGCCGUUGGAGAAGGUCUGGUAGUCCGAUAAUGCCUGGUACACUUGUUCCUUUGUGUUGAGAACAAAUGGGCCGUACUGGACAACGGGCUGGUCGAGAGGUGUGCCGGCGACGAGGACGAGGCGAGCGUCCUUGUCGGAAGUGUUCUCGAGGUCCACAAUGUCGCCUUCUUGUUCAAAGACAACGUUGUGGUACUGUUCGACCUUUUUGCUAGCGUCUCCCUUGCCGAAGACGGCUUCUCCUUCAAGAACAUAGGAGAAUGCGUUCCAUCCGUGUGGGAGAGGCUGCGAGAUCUUGGCGCCGGGGCGGAGGAGAACGUCGAGGAUCCAAACGGGGGUGUAGGCAAGCUCCUUGACUGAGUCGACUCCGUGGCUUUGGCCAGAAAUGACCUUAAUAGUGGCCUUGCCGUCAUCGACGUCCACCGAGGGGAUCUCAGAAGCUCGUAGAUCGCGAUAUCUUGUAUCACAGAACUUGAGCUCCUUGGGCAGGUCAACCCAUAGCUGUAAUCCGACAUUGGCACUACCAUCAGGGUUUUGAUGAGGCAUCUCGGCGUGCAUCGUGCCCUUGCCGGCCGUUAGGAACUGUAAAUCACCUGCGUAAAUAGUGCCUUUAUUGCCUGCGAAGUCUUCGUGAUCAACUCCUCCUUGGAGGAGGUACGUGAUGGUCUCUUGGCCGCGAUGCGGGCUGGUGGGGUGGUGGUUAGCACUUCUGUGGGGUAAAAAAAAAUGGUGGGGGUGGGAAAAAAACAUACUGGUCGGGGAAUCCGGCACCUGGCUUAAUAGAGAAAUGGUCGAGCAUCAGAAAAGGCGAGAAAUUGCGCAAGUUGGGUGUUCCAAUAGAUCGUCUGACGCGGGCGCCUUGGCCUUCGGCCUGCUCAAUGGCAAGGAAGACCUUGCGGAUGGCGCGGGGAACCGACAUUUCGUUGGCGAAGAGAAAGUGGUUUUGCUGGGUAGCGGAAGCUGUCAAAUUGGCUAAAGAGCCUAGAAUAGAGGUUUUGAAAAGCUGGGGAGCUGUUGCCGGUGCGCUGCUGCUAGUAUAGAGUAAGAGAGCUAGUAGAGCUGUAAGAGUAGCUGUGAGGAGUGUCUUUUCUGUUGGUGUCUGGAGAAACAUGGAAUUUCGAGAGAUGCAGACUGAGGACGGUCUUAUAUAGACGAAUGAGCUCUAUGAUGGAAGAGCUGUGGAAUAGUUUCGAUGAAAAGGACGGCUGGGCUGGUAGAUAAAUCUAGAAGCUCGAUUGGCGAGCUUCAGGUCACGUGGCAUUGAUUUAGAGAUGCUUAUGCAGGCCUUGGGUAAGCCGUUUGGUUGGCUGUGGCGUCAGUCAGCGAUUGGUAAGGCUCGCCAAAUGCCUGAUUAGGCAAUGCCUGGGCACUGCAGUCAGCGGCUGAAAGCGGCUCCUGUACGGUACGGCGCUACUAUUAGCAACCGGGUAGAGGGGUGUUACUGAGCAUUGACUAACUGGGCGUGAGUUUUACAAUAUCAUCAUUUACAAGAAACAUGGCUUGCUGUGUAAAAUCUUGGAAAUUGGAUUGAUGUGUUACGCGAAUAACUAUUUUCGAUUUGUACUAUUUAGUCAUUUUGGAUCGAUUCUCUUCUUCUUCCAUUCAGCGGCUUCCAGCGAAGUGCGACCGUCAACGCAGGAAGAAAAUGCGCCAUGUAGGGUACUGAUGGUCGUGGUUGGUCGUGACAAUGAUAACUUGCUAGCCCUCAAUUCGCUCCCCCAAAAAACCAGUCUGUGUCCAUUCUGCGUGGUUGUUCAAUUUUUCUUCUUCUUUUUCUUUCUCUUCGUCCUUUGAUUUUAGCAUUUGUUGCUAAAACCUACUCGAGGUCUGGUACGUCGUAAUCGCUGGAGGCGCUCCAUGCACAACAUCAAGCCCAGGCCUUCAGGUGGCCUCAACACUGCGCCCGUGGCAUAAUCCGAAAUACAGAUCCCGAUUUGCCUGCAGCCCCAAGGCAAAAAGGCCACAGAGAUUAAUAUCCCGUGUCAAUCACCGCCACGAUAUCCCUUGUUCCUUUUGUUGCGUACUGGCCUGUGAUUGAGAGCGGCCGUUUUCACAUGCUGGCGGGAGCACCCGCAAAAAUAUCGUGUUGCUACUCAGGGGACCAAGUGUCAGUCAGAGUGAGCGUUUGCGCAAUCAGCGUCACAUGUCAGAAAAACACAAGCGAACAACAAUGCCAAAUCAAAGGAGCAACAAAAACAGUAGACGAAAGGACAGGUGAACAUAACAAAGCGUGAUAAAGACAAGUAAUCAAUUGGUUCAAUACAACAAUAAUCUAUUAAGUGUCUCUCAGAAAAAAAAAGAACUGGUAUUUUCGCUUUUGUUGCGUCAUCCAAGUCAUCGCCAUAUCAAUGCAAAGAACAAAUCAGCAGUGCUGGAGUGUAUUGGCUGUCUCCAUAAAGUAUAGAAGUGCCGUAGCAGCUGCAAAAGAGGUAAUCGAAAAUAUAAUGGAUUUCCACGUUAGGGGAAAGACCAACAUAUUGUGAUGAGAUAAAAAACAAAGACAAAGCAGAUUCAGAAAACAGCAGUGCACCCCAAGGUAUAUGCUCAUACGCUCAAGCUGCUGGAGCAGAGGGCUGAGAAACGAGAAAGAAGAAACAACGCCGGACAAGUGAUAAGACUCAAGAGGGAGUGGGUAGACAGGUACAAGGAAGAAGACGGCUGGCUUUGCAUCGUGUCGAGGCAAUCACCAUCCGUCAAGCCGCGCCAUCAAGGCGUCAAGCUAGGCAUCUUUACUGGUUGAUCUUCUCCUUGACGGCCUCAGUGGCCUCAGCCUUCUUGGCGUGAAGGAAUGUGCUCAGGACAGCCAAGGUCUCGGUGGACAGAACGAGAGCAGUGGCAACGGCAGCCUUGCCCUGGCCGACGAUACCCUCCUGCUCGUGCUUCUUGGUCUCAGAGGAGUACACAUCGAAGACGUGGUCGCGACCCUCGAGGCCCUUGUUGUAGGGGAAGAAGAUGAUCUCCUUGGUGUCGUUGUACAGAUCGGAAGUGGGCUUCUUGAUGAUGGGGAAACGCUCGUCGAUGCGGUCGAGGGUCUUGUCACCGAAGGAGUCGGCGCGCUGGACGUAAGGAGAGACGUAGCCGUAGGGCUUAGAGAAGUAAGGAAGGACGGGAGCGGCGAAGGUCUGGUAGGCAGAGUCACCAAGCUUGAUGGAGCGCUGGGCGUAGCCGUUGUUCUUGACGGUGUUGACACUGUCGCUGAUCAAGGGGUAGUUGAGAAGGUGCUGUAGAAAGACUAUUGUUAGUAAAAUAUGGAAUUAUAAUUUGAAGGGUUAUAGUUGGGUCUAGCGUACCUGGAGGAAGGCAGAGUUGAUAGCAGGGGCGACAUCGCCGUUAACCUGAGGAACAGCCAUUGCGAUUAUUGGGAGGGAGUCGUGUAAGGCGAGAGUGGUUGAAUUAUAAGGUGUAGUUGGAAGAAGUCGAAAAGCGUACGCUUUCUUUUAUCGACGGUGACGAUGGAUUGAUGGAUGGAAGCAAAGACAGAGUUGGGAAAUGUGUGUGGAAGGGAACUAUCUCUUUUUGUAUUGUGUACGAUCGAUGGCGACAGCGCAAAGUUGAUGGUGGGCAGCCAAGCGUCGCUCGCAUGUGAAAGUGGCGCACCCAUUAGCAGCAAGGCAGGUGUGGGACAAAAAAAUAGCAGGUGCGAUGGGCGGGCCGGCCAGCUGGCGC